CCGUCUAAUUUCCUCAGAUUCAAGCGUCCUGAAUAAGCUACGUAACCCUCCUGUAAGUGGUCUGGUGGGAGAUGUCAUGCAGAGAAAAUUCGACUGUGUAUACACAUGUGCAGGGUGAUAGUAUGCACCAGGGCACUCACUGGACUGUUCACAGAAAGAGAUAAACACUCUCCAAAUCCUCUGGAGAAUCUGAAGUCAUAUCGCUCGUUUAUCUUUUCGCUCGUUUCUCUUUUCGCCCUCCGUCCGCUUUCCGCAGGCUGCCUUUCGCGUUGGCAUCAAAGUUCGCUGCAUCGCAUUUCUACAUACGCCAUUCUCCUGGAACCAGCAAUGACUUGGCGGCUUCUCCUUAUAGGAGCCCUUGCGGCCCAAGCAUUUUCGAGCCCCCUUUCAAAGCAUAAAGGUGAAGGUGGCAUCUCCUGGGCCGCUUGCGACCCCAAUAAAGGGCUACCACCCAAUGUUCAAUGCGCACACAUGACAGUGCCGGUCAAUUGGGAUAAUCCACAUGGCGACACUUUUCAACUUUCGCUCCUUAAAGUACCUCGCCCAUCGAACAGCACCGUCAAGAGGAUUGGGUACCUUUUCAUCAACCCUGGAGGUCCAGGGGGGUCCGCGAUAGGCGCCCUCGCACAAGUCGCAGCGGGUGCCGCAUACAUGCCUCCCGAGAUUCUGAGCCGUUUCGACCUUAUUGCUGUGGAACCCCGAGGGGUCGGAGACAGUGCGGGUUCCAAAUGCGACCACAAUAUUUGGAAUGAACGCGUUUCAUUGUUCCCCAAAACCGAGGAAGAGUUUCAUCGCCUGGUUGACAAGAACAGGAGGCUGGGGGAGAGCUGCCUCAAACUCACUGGUCCCGUCGUCAAGUACGUCGAUACUAUAUCAGCGGUGAAGGAUCACGAGGCUGUCCGUAAAGCGCUCGGAGAAAAGAUGAAUUUCCUGGGACUAUCCUAUGGCUCGCAGAUUGGCGCGCAGUAUGCCCAGCUCUUCCCCGAUAACAUUCGGGCUAUGGUGUUUGAUGGAGUAGUGCAGCAUAGCCAGAGCGCCUCGUCCAACAUUCUCAUCGAAGGCACCGCUCACGACGCUGCACUUAGGUCAUUCUUUACUUGGGCGAGCACCAACGAUACAAGCCCUCUGAAGGGUCAAAACGUCGAACAGCUGUGGCAAAAUUUGUUGAAGACUGCUGCGGAUACACCAAUCCCAGCGCCUCGAUGUAACGAAGACACGAACUCCAACGGAACAAUCUGCCGCAAGACUGUCACAGACGAUGAUAUCCGGAGGUUCCCUCAAGAGUAUCUAAACGCGGAACUUGUACCAAUUAUCGCAAAGGCUUUGGCAGAUGCCAGCAAAGGCGACGCUUCAGAUAUUUCUCCCAGUUUAUCCAGUGAAACUGCCCCAGCGAACUUCGCCGGCAUCACGAUAGGAUGUCUGGACUGGCCUUCCACUGCCUCUUCAUUCAAGGAGUUCCAAGCAAAAAUGCGCAUCGGAGAGAGGUUCGCGCCUUUGACCAAGGGAGCAUCACAAUCCUACGAACUGCAAGCAUCCUGUAUAGGCUGGCCUAUGCCAGCCCGCAACCCACCAACAAAACUGAAAGUCCGAACUCGCGCUCCCAUCCUUCUGGUCAACUCAGUUGGUGAUUCGAGUUCAAGCUACACAUGGGCUGUAGGUAUGCUAGAGGAGAUUGAAAACUCUGUUCUACUUACCAGGAACGGAGAAGGACACACGAGCUUUGAGCGCAACGGAGCAACAACACAGGCCAUCGUCGAUUUCUUAAUAUCUACUAAGCUCCCAGCCCCAGGAACCUUGCUGGAUUCGUAGAACGAUAGACUAUAGGGGUCUACCAUCUGUAUCUAUAUACCUAACAAAUCCUACCUUUUCCUGCAUUCUGCAUUGUACCAUAGUGCCUCUGCUUCCCCAAUACUACUAUAUAUCUCC